GGUAGUGAUUUUUCAGUGAACUUUCUUUGAUACAUGCCAGGACAAAAGGAUCAGAAAAGCUGAGUUAAACAACAAAAAGCCAGAAAAUCUAUAGGAAAAAGACAAAUAUAGAACUAUGGCGGAUGAAGUAGGUUCUGAAGACAGAGAUACCUGGUUAUAUUUGAUACAAAUUCAAUAUCUUGACAAGCAGCUUGAGAGAUGUCAGCUUAAAUGUGAUGAAUUGGAGAAACAGAACAAGGACCUUGUCUCUCAGUACAACGCGCUGGAGAAGGACAAUAAAGAUAUUAUUGACUUCCUGAAACGCUCCCUGGUUGCAAAAGAGAAGAAGGGGGAAAAGCUGGCAGAGCGGCUGGAGAGUCAGCAGCAGGCUGCUGAACAGGACUGGCAGGCCCUGAACCUGCAGCACAGCCAGCAGAUACUGAAGCUACAGGAGCAGAUCAACAAACUUAGCUCAGAGAGCAAGAUGCAGGCGGCAAAGUUCGAGGAGCAGCAGGAGCAGAAAGAGCAGCUGAUGCAGCAGCUAUCCGACAUGGAGUCUCUGGAGAAGCAGCUGGCCAGUCAGCAGGAGAAGCACGAAGCUGCCGUCCUCAGGCUGACAAGGGAAGCAGAGAUGGAGAGGGAAAGGAUUGAGAAGAGACAGAACGCAGUGCACUAUUACAUUAAGAUGAAGACCUCAAACAUUGUUCAGGAGGAGAGGGCGCAGCACAGUGAGCGGCUGGAGAAAGUCCAGCUCCUGCUGAGCGAGAACAUGGAUCUGUGGGACGAGAAAGACGCCGUGCGAGGCAGAGACGCUUUUCUUUGCUAUGAGGUGGAUGACCUGAAAAAAAACAUCAACAGCAUGACCCAGGAGAGCCUCACCUACAAGAAGGAGGUGGAGAAGCUGACAAAGAAGUGCCGGCAGCUGGAGGUGAAGCUGAAGGCCUGUGGCAUCACCGAGAGGAGCAUGCUGGCCAAGGAAGAGACUCUCAGACAGCGCUUGGCCUCAGGGUCCAAGAAGUGCCGUCAAAAAACAGCGGAGGCAGGUCAGCUGGGGGCCGAGCUACAGAAAGAGAGGAGCAGGAAGAAGCAGCUGGAGGGUGACAUCCAUGAAGCAGUCAUCAUUCUCAGACACAUCCUGGAGGAGGCGCCCGAGUCUCAGGGGAAGAUACGGAGGCUGCAGGAGAUCCUGAAGAGUCCCAUCCCCCAGUCAACAGGGUUUGACCUCAAAGACUCCACUGAGAAGAGCAGUGGAGAACAGAAACCGCAGACUUCUGACCCCAAACCAGCCAGAGCAGAGACCGUGAACGCAGCCACAGAUCCAUUGUUCCUGAUGGCCCGCUACAGGCCAGGCGACCUCGGCCUCGUACCUCGACCCACAUGGAAACACAAACCAGCCAUCUACAGGAUGCGUGCUCCAUCCACCAGCACCCAGCUGCCUCUCAACAGGAAACUCAGUCAGAAGAGAGCCAGCUUUGCCAACCCAUCUGAUUCAGUUCCACAUUCUGACCUGUCUGAUCUGGCUCCUUGGCAGGCUCAACAGUAAGAAAGACGAAUGUUUUCCAUCCCACUGCCACGUUUCAAAAUAAAGGUUUAGUCACUUUGAUCCU